UUACCUGUCCGCUUUCACUUACUUUAAUUCCUUCCUUCCAGUCGCGCCUAGGUCUGGGGCGUUUAUUUACUUUUAUGUACGCAUGCGCAUUUCCAGAGACGAAAACAUGGCGGCUUAACAGUCCCGCCUUCCGACUCAGACCAUUGGUCAGAUCGGUCAGCGCGUUUUUGAUUGGUAGCUGGACGCCGAGCCCCGCUGCCUAUCAAAGAUGGCGGGAAAACGGCCGUAUCUUGGAAUGGCUGCGGCUACUGAUUCCUCCACCGGCAGCUGCUCGGGUGCUGUGCGGCUACCGCGGUCGCCGCCACUCAAGGUGCUGGCGGAGCAGCUGCGACGCGACGUGGAGGGCUCCCCAGGCGCGUGGCGGCUGUCGCGGGCGGCGGCGGGCCGCAGGCCUCUGGAGCUGGCGGCCGUAUGGAUGCAGGGCACCAUGGUGGCGGCGGACGGCGGCGAGGCACGGCUGCGGGACCCGAGCGGGGCCUUCUCGGUGUGCGGCCUGGAGCGGGUGCCGCGCGGGCGGCCCUGCCUGGUCCCAGGAAAGUAUGUGAUGGUGAUGGGAGUGGUGCAGUCUUGUAACCCGGAGCCAUGCCUUCAGGCUGUGAAGAUGACUGAUCUUUCCGAUAAUCCCAUCCACGAAAGCAUGUGGGAACUGGAAGUGGAAGAUUUACACAAGAACAUUCCUUAGAUGACAUUGGAACCGUCAUUAAAAACAACCUUCACUCUGAAAUGA